AUGAAAGUUUCCUCCCUUCUUACACUGGUCGCCUCUGUUGCGGGAGCUCUAGCAUAUCCAAACCCUGCUUAUUCGAUAUCCUUCCGGGAUCUCAUACGCCGUGCUGAAGGAGUGCCUUUUCACGAGGAUCCCAAGGCUACUACAUGGAAUCCCCCCCCUAACAUGGUGGCUGCACUCGAUUGGGUUUGGAAAAGGUCCCUUUUGGAAAGGUCCACUGGUCGCGACUUAACGAUGCUCGGUGCGCUAGUAAAGAACAACGGCAUCCUCAAUUACUGCGUUUCAUGGCCCACAGAUGAGCCUAUCACGUUCGAGCAGCGUUCGGAAAUUGUCACCGCCCUCCAGAGCUCAUGGCAACAGUGGAUUGACGUUCUUGUAGGCUUUGAGGGCUUUCCUCUUACCACAGUCGACGUAAACGUCAUGGAUUAUGCCGUGAAGGACAAAGCUCUGGUGCAAGGAGACACAACUGGUCUGACCAUCCACACGAUCGUCGACCCUUCAGACGGUCUACUUACUUGUGGUAUCGACUGCAAUCUAUUUGGUUAUUCCCCAGAGGAUUACGACGUCAGCAGAUGUUCCGAAGGCAAGACCGGUGGUUAUGACACAAAUUUCCGGCUUGAACAAAUUCUCGAUCAACCAAUAAAUGGCGCGGUGACCAAGGGACAAUCUGCAGGUCCGCUAUUCCACAGAUUUGAUCAGGAACACUUCUUUGACAACUUGCGAAACGAAUGGAUACUGUUGCACGAAUUGGGCCACGCACAAGGUCUAAGGGAUUUCUACGAAGAGCGUCCGGUGGGUCAAAUCAACUUCUUGAUGUACCCAGAUAGUGCGCAUCAUCUUACCGAGUUUGAUGCUUGGAUGUUGAGAGACUGGUAUAUGAAGCUCAAACAACGCGGUGAUUUCUAA